AUGUAUAAAGACAUUAUAAGCAACCUCGGCGAGUUGGCGCACUUGAAACAGUUGUGCAAAAAGAAACCGGACCUUUUAGCCACCCUGAAUUCAUGCAAGGCAAAAGAAUUUGAGGAGAUAUGGCUCAUGUUGCACAAGGCAUUGGAGGAGCGCACCCCUCCAGACAAGCUGCUCUACGACGCGGAAAAUUCAACUUUGCUCUUUAGGGAAGAAGAUGACAGGCAGUAUUUACUUACGUGCAUAAAUUUUAUAUGUAUAUAUAUACAACAUGUGGCGAAUAGUGAUAAGAAAGGGAAGAAGCACAUCAAAUUGGAUGAAAAAUUUUAUGUCCUUUUUUGCAAGUUGACUGAGAUCCAAUUCAUGCUAAGCGACCGAGAAGUGCGCAUGUCGUUUGGGAAGUGCUUAUUCCAGUUAUGCGAACUGAACUUGGAAGAAAAUGAAUUUUCCUCCUACGUGAAAGUUAACCUGUUGAUAUUUUUGCUGUGGAGGAGCUGCUCCUCGGAGGGCAAAAGAGCAGACAUCAGUAAACUCAAAAAACACAAAGACCUGUGCAAAUAUAUAAAAUGGGGAGUUCCAGAAAAAUGCACCAACUCGUUUUAUCUGCUCUGUUCCUACUCACUGAACCUGCCAAAGUUUUAUGCACACCCCGAUGGGAAAUUGUUCCUGGCACACGUUUGGUCUCAACACGAAAGUAUAGCGUCUCACCUUUUUAACCAAUUUGUGCACAACACAGUCCUCCUCUCCCAUGACAGCAUCAGUCACUAUUCACAAAUUAUACAUUCGACGUGGAAGAACUGCGAGGGACCGAUGAAGGAGACCCUGGAGAUACAAAUUGAGCACCUCGUGAACUUGGCCUUAAAAUGUCCCAUUAAAGUUGCGGCACGAUUCAGAAAUGUUCUAAGUAUAUUCCACAACAAUAAAGGGGACAAGAGCAUCAACAAUUUAAUUUUUAAAAUUUACGACCCCAUUAUUUGGAGGAGCCUCAUGGUAAUCGCCCAACUGGAAACUUCGCUUCAACGCGACGUGCAUCUUUCAGCUGAUUUUCCCCGUCGUGGACCCCUGCAUAAAGAACGUGAAUUACUUAGCCUCGAUGGAGAAUUGGCUGAAGACGUAAACGCCUGCGUCCUGCAGGCCGUGGGCAAGUGCAUAUGCCAUGUCCUGAAUGAACUGUGGGAAAUAAUCAGCGAACAGAAAAGGUCCGCCCUGGUGGAAGUGCUGAUCCAUAAGCUCCUAAAGGAGAAGCAACACGACAACGUAAAGGUGGAAGUCCUUCUUGGGUUCAGCGAAAUGGCAAAAAAUAAAAAGAUACAAAAACUGUUUGCAAAAAUAUUCUACAGAAUAAAGCACCUCAUAAAUGACAAGUCUCUGCGAGUGCGGAAAAAUUUCAUCGCCCUAGUGCUCGAAUUGAAUAAACAAUUAAAUGAAAAUUUUUCUAAUCAAAUCGAUUUCAGUGAGUUGAUCAAGCGUGUCACCAAGGAUCUAUUCACAUACAACGUGGAGUCCUGCAUAAAGAAGUUGUCCUAUGCAAAAUAUGAACACCAUGAAAAAGUAAAAAAUAAAGAAAUUUGUGAAUUUUUAAAGCUCUCUUCCAAUUUAAUCACCUAUUCUAUGUGGGAAUGCUCGAUAAAAGAGCAAGCAAAGAAAUGUGUAAACUUAUUAAAUGAUUAUCCUGCGUUAAUGAUUUGUAUAAGUAAGUUUGCUACCAACUUGGAGUUGGUGCAGCGUUACAAAUUGGCUUCCGUCUUGUUCGAAAUUACAAACGUUAAAUUGGCAGAGGAGGGGAACUCCGUGCUGCUCACAGGGGGAAGUGCAGUAAAUGGGUCAAGUGCGGCAACUGGACAGGGGUGCCCGGGCGGAGCUACCACGGGGGACCCCCUGAAGGACCCCAUCAUCAACGGCAAGUACGUCAAGUACGCCUCCCUGCUGCUCUGCGUGGCGUACCUGCUGAAGCCAAAGAACGACCAAGAAAUGGAAUUGUGCGGGUCGGAAAAAAUUGAACAUUUUCUGACACAUAAAUUCACGGAGGAGUACUUCCUGGCCAGCAUAGAUACCCUAAUGCAGCAAUUCUAUUUUAAGGUACUUAAAUAUGUGAACCUCAAUCAGGACGAUUAUGUGCGAAUAUACAAAUACGGUCGGAGGGAGUUACUCUCUCUACACAGAUAUAAGAAUGAGCAUACGUGUAGGAAAUUUAUCCUUCCUUUAUUUUACAAGUGGAGGUUACUCGAAUCCGUUGUUCAGACACACAUGCACAUUUUGAAUGCAUGUAUUGACUUUGUGUUUUUACACACUUGUGAGAAUACGCAGUGGGCCACUGUCAGCCAGGCAAACCCCUUCCUUCACGCACAUAUGAACCUGCCAUUUGUGGAGAAGGAUGCGCUGGGUUAUGUGUCUGACGAAGUGGAGGAACCAGACUCGGAUGACGGAAGUGAAAUAAAAGUGCCUGCCUUGCGUUAUAACAAAAAAGACGACCCCAUGGACGAAAAGGAAAAAAAAAAAAUUUACAUAAAUAAUAAAAAACAGAUCAAUGCUCUCAUUCUAUUAUCACUCAUUGUUAAAAAAAAAAAAUAUCAUCAGAUGUUAUUUAAGUCAUUCAGCAACAUUAUACACAAUUUCGUUUUCAAAUUCAAUUCGUAUCUUCUGUUCAUAUUUGAACAGCUAACACAGAGUGAUUUCCAGCUGCCUGCUCAUUUUAUUUGUCCUCAUUACAGUGAUAAGGGCGAUUUCAACUUUGCACAGUUGAUAAUAUAUGGAAGUGAUAAGAUAAGAGGAUACUUUCAUUUGUACAUUUCAUUUUUCUUCCUUUGUUACACGAACAAGAGGAACAACUUCCCCCACGAUUGGCAUACCCUAAUUGACAACACCCUGCGGAGUAUUCAUUUGAUAAGCUCUGUUAAAUUUAAAAACGAAAUUGAAAUUGUUACAAGUGGGAGAUUAGCGGGGAUGAGUGCAGUAGGAGAAGCGGUUGCGCACGUAGAUGACCGGGUCUCUCACUGGGCAACCUACACCAAGACGAUCCUCCAAUUUGUUAUGCACUUCCUCGACAUGGUCGAAUUCACGGUCGCCAUGAAGAUGACACCGAUAGAGGACCUCGACUUUAGCGACUUGGUGAAGAACGUAUUUAUGUUUUACAAAUGUUACGAACUCGUCCAGGGGGGGAUAAACGGGCAUGAAAAGCGCCACACAGGAACGCACACGGAGGAUUGCGAUGCGGGCCGCUCCCUCCUCGAGGUGUACCUCGGAGUGUGGACAAGAGUAAGCGAAUUCCUCCUGUUCAUAUUAAAUUGUGAUUAUUUUGAAAAAAAAACGGAAAUGAAGUUAUGCGUCCUGUAUCCAUUUUUCCUAUUUACGUACGAAGUUGUGCAUAAGGAGGACAUCGAACGGGUCAUGAACAAAUAUGCUGCUUUAAUUAAAGAGAGAGAAACCUUUUUUGGAUUUGUAAAAAAUUACAAAAAAAAUAACAGCAUGGUAAGUUACAUGCGACAGAGUCAGGUAAAUUACAUUCAGGGCAUCCUGGACAACAUUUCACUUCCCAAGGAAAAGCCAAAGAACGGGUCCUCUUAA